CCUUAUUCAACAGGCCACACCGCCGUUCCUUGCCAGCUCAUCCUUCCCUCGUUUACUCUUCGUUCCUACUCUGUGCUUACACUCGCUCACACUCUUGACGACACUACACCGGUAUGGCUGGACGCUUCGAUCCGAACAACGCGCAGAAUCUCGUCGAGAUCGAGAAACAAUUCGCCGUGAAGGCCGUUGAACACGCUCAGACGUACUGGAACUUGCUCGAGAAGGUCGCACCCCGCGACCUCAAGCUCACGAAGAUCGACGAUGAGAUAUUCGAGCACGCAAUAAAGGAGUUCCCCGAGCUCUCGGAGAACGACUACGAGAAGCUGAUCAAGCUCGACGAGGACUGGAUGAAAAGCGAGUCGAGCAAGAAGCGCUGGCGGGACUUCAUCGCUUCAUACGAGAAAAAGGUCAAGGACUAUAACUUCGGCUCCCUCAUCCGCACAGACGCGCGCCAGGAAUAUAGCGAGACGAACACCAUCUUCGUUACGCGAAUACAGUUCUACGUGUUCGAGAUCGCGCGCAACCGGCUGGGUCUGAACGACAAGGCGCACGAGAUCGCGAAGGAAGAAGCAGCUAAGGAGAAGGAGAAGGCGGAGAAGGAGAAAGCGCGCGCAGAGCGGGAGAAGGCAAAGAAGAAAAAGAACUGAGCGCGCGUGUGCGACGGGGCAGAUGUGUAUGAGGCGGUUCGCGGUGACGCGCCCGCGCGCGCAAGAUGUAUAUUUAUGCGAUAAUGGAAUGGGAUACCGUCCGUCGGCGUGCGGAUGUGAUCGAG